CCUCACAGUUGGAGGAAGGACGUCCAAGCUUCCCUCUGAUCAAGUUCCCUCUGUCCAAAAGAUGUCAACCGCCACCGCUGAUAGUGCAGGAAGAGGAACUAAAACCUCUAAAGUGUCAAAGGAUCAUAAAAAGCCCACGGCAGCUGCCCUGAAAGGAGCCAUCCAGCUGGGCAUCGGUUACGCUGUGGGAAACCUUAGCUCUAAACCAGACAGAGAUGUUCUCAUGCAGGACUUCUCUGUUGUGGAGAGUGUUUUCCUGCCCAGUGAGGGCAGCAAUCUGACUCCAGCACAUCACUUCCCAGAUUUCCGUCUGAAAACGUAUGCACCGCUGGCCUUUCGCUACUUCAGAGAGCUGUUUGGCAUCAAACCAGACGACUAUCUGUACUCCAUCUGUAAUGAGCCUCUGAUCGAGUUGUCCAACCCCGGCGCCAGCAGUUCCUGGUUCUACCUCACCAGCGAUGAUGAGUUCAUCAUUAAGACGGUGCAGCAUAAAGAGGCUGAGUUCCUGCAGAAGCUGCUUCCUGGUUACUACAUGAAUCUGAAUCAGAACCCAAGGACUUUGCUGCCAAAGUUCUACGGCCUUUACUGCAUCCAGUGCGGUGGCGUCACUGUCCGUGUGGUGGUGAUGAACAACGUGCUGCCGCGUGCCAUCAAGAUGCACUACAAGUACGACCUGAAAGGUUCCUCGUACAAACGCCGCGCCUCACGCAAAGAGCGUGCCAAGCCCUCGCCUACGUUCAAAGACCUGGACUUUCAGGAGAUGCACGAGGGCCUGCACUUCGACCCGGACACCUACAAUGCCCUGAUGAAGACCCUACAGAGGGACUGUCGGGUCCUGGAGAGCUUUAAGAUCAUGGACUACAGUCUCCUGCUGGGGAUUCACGUUUUGGACCGGAAGCCGCUGUGCAGAGGAAGCCGAUGUGACAGCAGGAAAGGACAGAAAGUCCUCUACUCCACCGCCCUCGAGUCCAUCCAGGGGAAUGUGAAGGACCCCGAACCGGUGGCUGAUGAUGACACAUUGGGUGGAAUUCCUGCCAAACAUAAAGAUGAGAACCUUCUCAUCUUUUUAGGACUCAUCGACAUCCUUCAGUCCUACAGGCUCAUUAAGAAGGUGGAACACUCCUGGAAAGCUCUUGUACAUGAUGGGGUAUGUAACUUCACAUCCUGCCCCUUACCUGCAGGUUUUUAUGUCAAAUUACAUGCAUAUGUAUCUGCACAAGUGUACAGAAUGUGUGUGUGUGUGUGUGUGUGUGUGUGUGUGUGUGUGUGUGUGUGUGUGUGUGUGUGUAUGUGUGUGUAUCUGACAGCUUUCUCUGCUUUCCAGGACACGGUGUCAGUUCACAGGCCCGGUUUUUACGCGGACAGAUUUCUCAAAUUCAUGGGCUCGACUGUAUUUAAAAAGAUUCAUCCUUUAAGAGGAGCAUCUUCAAAGAGGAAGAGGAGUUCCUUCUAUGCGGGAAAGUCAGCCUCUCAGGAGUUUCUGUCCCCACAGAAGGAGGAGAAGAAGGAGGAGAAGAAGGCCCAAAGCAUGGACAACCUGGAUGGAAACUUUUACAGUUCCUCCAAGCAACCAGAUCUUCUGCCAAGAUCUGCUGUUUCUUUCCAGUCCACCAGAAAUGAUGAAGAGGACCUUGAAAACAGUGAAGGCCGACGAGCCUCCAGUUCAACAAUCGCUCUGGAUGAUCCUCUGCCGUCUCUCAGCAGGAGCCAGUCAGACUCUGAAAUGGACGUCUACUUGUGAGGAAAACUGAGUGAUGGCUCCUCUCCAGCCACCUGUACUUCUGACCUUUGACCUCCCGGUCCCACAGCGUCGAAACAUCAGGACCUCCCAACGGUGUAAAUGUAACAAAAACUACAAGCAGUAACAUGUUCAUGUCAGUUUCUCCACUGUCAGCAUCACUCUCUGCGUCUGUGACUUUCUUUUCUUUGAGUCAAACUUAGUGUGCCAAAUCACUGGUUCUUUUGUAGAAAUCCCAUUAUUACCAGAUAGGGAUACAGUCUGUGUUUAUGUGUGAUAAGUUCACUGAACCACUGUGUUAAUAUAUAAAACACUAUGAAGCUGCUUCUUCUCUUGUUAUUGUACACUUUGCUGCUAAUUUAACAACAGUGCUAACAAAAGAAUUGAGUUUCAUUUUGACCUCUCCUCUUGGAUGUCUGAUUUUCUGUGCAGAUGUUCAAAUUUCUCAGCGGCUGGAUCCCUGAGGACAUAAACUGUCUUGUAACUUAAUCAGCUACAGGAAAAAAAAAAUUUGUCUGUUAUUAUUUUCAAAUCAUAUAAUUAUACAGAUCAUUCUGGUUUCAGGAAUCUGAAUGAAAAAUGCCAAUUCAUCUGUUGAGAUAUUUCAAUAUAAAUACAGUGUGUUAUAUAAUUCUAAACAUUAUGUAUAACUGAUUUUAAAAUCUCAAUUUGAUAAAACAAUAUAUCGAUAUUAUGCUGCACAAUAAUUUAUGUAUUCUAUAUCCUCUGUGUAUUUCCCUUUUCAAACAAAAAAGUAUUUGCGUGUUUCUUGUUAUAGCAAGAUGCUUUUUAUGUAUAUUUUUUCUCAUCAUUACUACAGUAAUACGCUGCCAACAGUUUUCAGCCCUUGAUCUUUCAUGCAUCCCUGUGUCAUUUCUCUAAAGAAUGUACAUUUCAUCUUUACUGGGAUUUAUUAAAACUAGUUCCUGUUGUUAUAAACUGUUUUGAAUCCUGGAGGUAAAUAAUGAUAAUAGGUUGUCAACUUUCUUCUUUUCGUCCACAUGCCUUACAAAGUUUAAAAAUCUGUGCUUUCAUGUGAUUUCUAGGCCUACAACUGUAUUAUAGCAAUACUUUGAACUUGUAUCUGUGAAAUAAAUUUAUAUUUAAUGUUCUUAAA